CCCGAAGCCGCCUCCCACGCCAGGCUGUCCCCGCGGCUGCCCGGCCUGCCUUCCUUCCUUCCGCCUGCCCGCCGGCCCGCCCUAGGAGUUAACCAAGCCGCAAUGAAGAGCUUCUUACAGUGAAAGGAAAGUAGGUCUCGCCCACUGAAAAUGCCUUUAAGGGACAAAUACUGUCAGACUGACCACCAUCAUCACGGAUGCUGUGAACCAGUUUAUAUCCUGGAACCUGGAGAUGCUCCUUUGUUACAGCAACCACUACAGACAUCCAAAUCUGGUAUUCAGCAAAUAAUUGAGUGCUUUCGAUCAGGAACUAAACAACUUAAGCAUAUUUUAUUAAAAGACGUGGACACUAUUUUUGAAUGUAAAUUAUGCCGCAGUCUCUUCAGAGGAUUACCAAAUUUAAUUACCCAUAAAAAAUUCUACUGCCCACCAAGUCUCCAGAUGGAUGACAACCUUCCUGAUGUAAAUGAUAAACAAAGUCAAGCCAUAAACGAUCUCCUAGAAGCCAUAUAUCCAAGUGUGGACAAGCGAGAAUAUAUUAUUAAGCUAGAACCCAUAGAAACUAAUCAAAAUGCAGUGUUUCAGUAUAUUUCAAGGACUGAUAAUCCUACUGAAGUCACAGAGUCAAGCAGUACUCCUGAACAAACCGAAGUUCAAAUACAGGAAACUAGCACUGAACAGUCUAAAACAGUACCAGUUAUAGAUACAGAGGUGGAAACUGUAGAGCCCCCUCCUGUUGAGAUUGUUGCAGAUGAAGUUGCACCUACAUCUGAUGAGCAACCUCAGGAAUCACAGGCUGACUUGGAAACUUCUGACAAUUCUGAUUUUGGUCACCAGUUGAUAUGUUGUCUUUGUAGAAAAGAAUUCAAUUCCAGACGAGGCGUUCGUCGUCACAUUCGAAAAGUACACAAGAAAAAGAUGGAAGAACUAAAAAAGUACAUUGAAACACGAAAGAAUCCAAACCAGUCCUCUAAAGGACGCAGUAAGAAUGUUCUAGUUCCAUUAAGUAGGAGUUGUCCAGUAUGUUGUAAAUCAUUUGCUACAAAAGCGAAUGUAAGGAGGCAUUUUGAUGAAGUUCAUAGAGGACUAAGGAGGGAUUCAAUUACUCCUGAUAUAGCAACAAAGCCUGGGCAACCUUUGUUCCUGGAUUCUGUUUCUCCUAAAAAAUCUUUUAAGACUCGAAAACAAAAGUCGUCUUCAAAGGCUGAAUACAAUUUAACUGCAUGCAAAUGCCUCCUUUGCAAGAGGAAAUAUAGUUCACAAAUAAUGCUUAAAAGACAUAUGCAAAUUGUCCACAAGAUAACUCUUUCUGGAACAAACUCUAAAAGAGAGAAAGGCCCUAAUAAUACUGCCAGCAGUUCAGAAAUAAAAGUUAAAGUUGAACCAGCAGAUUCUGUAGAAUCUUCACCCCCUUCCAUUACCCAUUCUCCACAGAAUGAAUUAAAGGGAACAAAUCAUUCAAAUGAAAAAAAGAACACACCGGCAGCACAGAAAAAUAAAGUUAAACAAGACUCUGAAAGCCCUAAAUCAACUAGUCCGUCUGCUGCAGGUGGCCAGCAGAAAACCAGGAAACCAAAACUUUCAGCUGGCUUUGACUUUAAGCAACUUUACUGUAAACUUUGUAAACGUCAGUUUACUUCCAAACAGAACUUGACUAAACACAUUGAGUUGCACACAGAUGGGAAUAACAUUUAUGUUAAAUUCUACAAGUGUCCUCUUUGCACUUACGAAACUCGUCGGAAGCGUGAUGUGAUACGACAUAUAACUGUGGUUCAUAAAAAGUCAUCCCGCUAUCUUGGGAAAAUAACAGCCAGUUUAGAGAUCAGAGCUAUAAAGAAGCCCAUUGAUUUUGUUCUAAAUAAAGUGGCAAAAAGAGGCCCUUCGAGGGAUGAGGCAAAACAUAGUGAUUCAAAACAUGAUGGCACUUCUAACUCUCCUAGUAAAAAGUAUGAAGUAGCUGACGUUGGUAUUGAAGUAAAAGUCACAAAAAACUUUUCUCUUCACAGAUGCAAUAAAUGUGGAAAGGCAUUUGCCAAAAAGACUUAUCUUGAACAUCAUAAGAAAACUCAUAAGGCAAAUGCUUCCAAUUCACCUGAAGGAAACAAAACCAAAGGCCGAAGUACAAGAUCUAAGGCUCUUGUCUGCCUCAUGGGAACAGAGCAGGUGGAAGUGUAAGUAAUUACAAUAUUGUGUUAUAUAAGUCACUGCAAAGUAAGGCUUAUAGUUAUUUUUUUUUUUAGCCACCUGGCAUUUUGUAUAUGCUGUUUUUUGAGCCAUAAUUCUGUUGAAUUGCAGAUGGGGACUCUAGAGAUUUAGCAUACCCUCAUUCUAAAGUGGAAAAAGUUGAGGUAAGUGGUUGCACAAGGUCACAUGUGUAGUUAAUGAAGAAUUCAGGAAUAGAGGCCAGCUAUCUCUUAAAGAUUAGUAGGUAAUAACACAUACAUGUAAAAAAAAAAUAACAAAAAAACGGUACUAUGAGGUGUUCUGUGAAAGGUAAGUUUUCCUCCUAUCCCAUCUCUCAUUCUCUACCCCAGAGUCAAAUUACCAGUUUCUUGGGCUUUCAAGAGCUGUCCUAUGUAUAUAUAACCAUAUAAAUGUAUACCUUCCCCUUUAUGCAAAUGGUAGCAUGUUUGUAUACACUUUUCUGUACCUUGCUUUUUCCCCCCACUUUUUCACAUGGCAGUAUGUCUGAAUUUUGUGGACACUGGAUAUUUUUAUUCUUUGGUCCAUGAACUUUCAUGUUACUAUAUUGUCUAUCAUUUAAACAAAUAGUUUUUGUUCAUAUGAAUGGACAAAUUAUUAAAUCAUUUUUUGUUUCUAGUAUACACUGAGUUUCUUAUGUGACCAUAAUGUAGUAUUUCACAUUGCUUUCAGAAAGAGAUCAUGGUUAUUGAUUUAUUUUAUGGUAUAUGUUGAAGUUAAAAGAUAAGUGAAAUAUAUAUAAUAAUUAUUACUGCUAGUUACCAAUAACAGCUGAUUAGGAAAUUUUCAUUUGAAAAAGAAGUGACAGGUAGAGUUUUCAGGGAAAUGAUCUACCUUUAGACUUGUAUAAAAAUCUUUCUGGUAUGUUCAAAAAUCUUUCUCAGUGCCAGUGAAAGGCAAUGAUGUUAUAAAUACCAAACCACAAAUGUUUAUUUUCUAAAUUUUUAAAUACCUUUUUUUCCAUUUUUUAGAAAGAUUUUAUUUGUAAGUAGUUUCUAUACCCAACAUGGGACUUGAGCUCACAACCACAAAAUCAAGAGUUGCAUGCUUCACCGACUGAGCCAGCCAGGCGCCCCUAUUUUCUGAAUUUUUAAAUCUCCAACCUCAUAUGCAAAUAACAGAAAUAAUUUUUCAUUUGUUUCUCAAAAUGGAUUGUAACUAUAUGUGUUAAUCUUGAUAUGACUCAUGAUCAUCUGUAUAAAAAUGUAUUCUUAAUUUUGAUCAUUCUGGGUUUCUCUUGGCUAACUUAUGUAUCAGUGCAAUUAUUGCUUUAUUUAUUAGAGAUUAAUGGGGCCUAAAGAACUCCUUGAUUUUAGAUCUUUUCAACCAAACCAUAUCACAAAAGGCAAACCCACUAAAAAAAAAUGUGUCCCAUGCCAGAUGUCCAUGAUAGGAUUUAUAGAGGUUAAGUAUUUAUAUUUGGAUUUUACUUUAGAUAGACAGUAAUCCUGCAUUCUCCCUAAAGGUGGCAGUACUUCUCAAUGCAUUGUUUACUGAGUAAUUCUGUUUGAAAACAGUAUUAAUUAUAAUUCCAUUACUGAUUGGAAAAAAGUUAAUCAUACUAAAAGUAUAUUUUUGUAAUACUUUCACAAUAGUUAAGAUUCAGUAGUAGAACAAAUAAGAUCGUAGUUUUGAGGUUUAUAGCAUUAGUGCAGCUUUUGUGUGUAUUAUCUUCAAACUGGACAGUUCUAAUUGCAUUCUGACUUUGGAAUUCUUGGUGUAAGAUUGAGAGCUAAAGUCUUGUCAAAAAUUGUGAUUAAGUCGUGGUAGAACCUUGCUAUAUUUCUAGGUCUCUCUUCUAUGGAGAUACUAUCAGGAAACAAAAACUGACAAAACACCCCAAACAAAAACCAGAACUCUUAAAUAACUGUGUAUUGUGUGAGACAUGGGAAUUUUUUUUUUUAGUGUUUUUUUUUUUUUUUAUUUUAAGAAAGAGCACACACAAGUUGGGGAGGGGCAGAAAGAGAGAGAGAGAGAGAGAGAGAGAGAGAGAGAGAGAAUUUCAAGCAGGCUUCACGCUCAGCCUGCUGCAGGGCUUGAUCCCACAACCUUGGGAUAAUGACCUGAGCCAAAAUCAAGAGGGGGAUGCUCAACUGACUGAGCCAUCCAGGCACCUGGGAAAUGUUUUGAUAUUUAUUGUUUGGUAUAAAUUUAUAUGUCUAAAUUUUACUUGAAUUUUUUUUCCUUAGGUGGCUAACUUCUUUUAACAAGUGAAAUAAAUACUUAUUGGUGCUACUAAAAAAAAACAAUCUUGGGGCACCUGGGUGGCUCAGUUGGUUGAGCUUCCGACUCCUGAUUUUGGCUCAAGUCACGAUCCCAGGGUCAUGGGAUCAAGCCCCAUGUCGGGCUCUACACUGAGUGUGGAGCCUGCUUAAGAUUCUCUCCCUCUCUCUCUUUCUCUCUCUUUCUCUCUCUCUGCCCCUCUCCCUUGCUUGCACUCUCUCUCUCUCUGUCUCUAAAUCAGUCAAUCCUCAAUCUUGAGCCUUUUCUGCUGUAAAAACAAAGCUCUGAAUUCACAAGGUGGUGCCCUGGAGUCUGGAGAAACACUAUGUUUUGUCCUCCUUUUUCCAUCAUUUUCAUUCCUAAAUGGUUCGUGUGUGCGCACAUGCGCGUGCGCUGUAUGCAUGUGCACGUGUAUGUGUUUAGUAUGUGUUCGAAAUCACAUAGCAUUGUAGUUUGAAGAUGGUGAACAAGAUAGAGCAGGCCAGCCUCCCCUCCAGGCCUCACAGGUCACUUUGACAUGGCUAUUACUUUCUAAGGCUGGCCUUGAUUAUUGGUUGAUCUAGCAAGGUGACUGGGUGCUAGAGAACUGUGUCAUCUAACGAGCCUCCUAGAUACUGGUGUAUAAAUAUUACAGUGCUAGUUUUUUAAUUUGCAGGGAGAGGUAUCAGACGCACUGGCUUCUCAUGUUUAUGGCUCAGUGUAUUUUCUCCAAACAGGCAAAUCUACAGUCUACUAAAUUGUAAUCAGAAGGUUGCUUGAUGGGCAUUGAGUCAGCUCACAGUGACCCAGAUCAGCAAGUUCUGGUAGUGUGAUGCAUUCAUCUUUCCCAAGGAAUAUAUUUGCCACUCAGACCAGAUGUUCAAAUUUCAGAGCAUCCUUUUUACUAGACCAGGCUGCAGACAGAUGGCCAGCUUUUGAUUUCUUGAUUUCUUUUCUUACAUAGUUACCAUGGACUAUCUCCUUUAGCAUAUUUUUUUCCAUUGGAGUUUAAUAAAUUUGCAUUAAUACCUAUAAAACACUUAGCCCAGUGCCUGGCAUACAGUAAUUAAAUAAUAACUAAUAUUAAUAAGUAUAACUGGUGUUGAGUUCGGGUCACAUUGAUAUUUGUAAUAUCAAAGUCAGUCUUUUGGGCCAUUUCUUUAGAUGACUGAUCUGUCUCAUCUUUUACACUUUGAGCUAUUUUCAUUCUUUAUUCUUUAAGUCUUUUAACUCCCUCCUUAAUUUCAUUUACCCUUAAUAUGGAAUCCAUAAGCUAAUUAGGACAAUUCUUUUUAGCUCUGAAUGACUUUGCUACCAUUUUGUUUUUGAGACUUUCUUUUUCAAGUUUCAGUUUUUUGCUCCCAAAUACCUCAUUCUCCACAGUUCCCCAUCUGCAAUGUGAGUCUAUUAAAAGAGAUGAUCUUCAAGUUACUGCUUAGCUCUAGAAUAUGUAUAAUUUUAUAUCUUAUUUGAACAGAUGAUGUUUCAGUUAUAGCCCUUUCCCUCUAAUCAUGCUUACCUUCAUUUCAAGCUCUGCUUAAAUUCUUUCUCAUAGAAUGUAAAGUUAUUUUGAAAAUGGUAGCAGCAUCUGGAUUGUUAGAAUAGCAGGAUUGCCAUGGAAUUGGGAGGUAAUGGUUGAAAAACCCAGAGGGAGAGGUAUGAUGGUGGUGAAUUCAGCAGUUGACAGUGACGUUACAGGUAGGACACACAGCUGGCGAAUCAAAAUGUUUUGUAUGGAAAUGGGUACAGAAAGGAACAGAUGAGUUGGUCACUGCAGCAACAAUGAGCAUUGUCAGCCUUCCCCUCUCCAUCCAUCUGGGGAUCAGUUAUUCUUUUAAGAGUGGCGGAAUGAUUUAGGAAAACAGUGGAGACAUUGCCAUAGCUUUUUCUGGUAUUCGUAAAAAUACAGAUUAUGGUGCAUUUUUGAAGCUGGUGGUCUCAGAACCACACUUGGAGCCAACAGUCCUGGGUAGUUACUGUUGUGGGAGUUCAGAAAGUGGAGAGAUCAUUUCAGACUGUAAUGAUCAGGGAAAGCUCGUCGGGAGUGGCUUUAGUCUGGGUCUUGAGGGGUGGAAAGUGUUUGAAUAGACGUAAGGAGGGAGAAAACAUUUUUUUGAUGGGUGAAAUGCCAAGAGCAAAAGCAUAGAGGUGAGAAAUAAUCAUACAUGAUAGGGGAGUGGAGUGGUAUAGAGUUUCUUAAAUAUGGUCCAUGAAAGAGAAUUGAAGCAGUGCUUCUGUCAAAUACCACUAACUCCAGAAUUAGAAGAAAACGGAUGCUGUGCCAUUUUUGUUCAGCAUGCAACUGGAUAAACUAUUGAUGCCUCUCAGUGCAUCAAGCUUCACGUUUUCAUGUGCUCCCUGAUGCCCUCAAGAAAGAAUUCCAUUUUAGGACCCUUUUUGGAAAGUGGAAAGACUGUCAACAGUUUCAAAAUAAUCCUGUCUUUCUCUCUCUCUAAUAUUCAAAUGGAAGAAAAAAAAAUACUAGCACUCUGAGGGCAAAUGUGCACCCAUCAUAUCAGGCAUACGUCAUGGUUUUCCUGCUUUGAUGAGGGAAGGCUAGCCACACGUGACUGUGUCUCAUUACUUUCCGUAUCAGCUGCUGUCACUACCUUUCCAACAGGUACUACCAAGAAAUAGGAACAGAAUAUGAUGUUUUUCUCUACUAGGCAGAGGUUUGCUGCCUUUCAAGAGAUCUUAACUUAAUUUGAAAGCAGGGGAAAUAACAUUACUUGACUCUAGGUUGAAAGCCUUGGAGGAGGGGUUCGUGGGUGGCUCAGUUAAGCGUCUGACUGUUGGUUUUGGCUCAGGUCAUGAUAUCACGGUUGGUGAGUUUGAGCCCCGCAUGGGGCUCUGCACUGGCAGUGAAUAGCCUGCUUGGGAUUCUUUCUCCUUUUCUCUCUGCCCCUCCCACUCUCUCUCUAAUAAAUAAACUUAAAAAAAAAUUUUUUUUAAAGUGUUGGAGGAAUUUAGUGUUGCAGUACAGAGGUAACCUUAACCUGACAAAGCGUUCUUUGAAAUUCUGCUUGGGUUCUGUGUACCUUUGGGAUUCAAAGAUUUCACUGCUUGUUGCCAUGGAGAAAAAAGUUCUAACUGAUUAUCAAAGAAGACGUACGUGUUGCUGUAUCAAAGACCAUAUCAUAAUUUUACUUCAAUAAGCCAAAUAUAAUUGAAAUUUACUACUGAGCAGUUAGAAACUUUUAAAUUAAUUUUCUUCAGGAAGCCAUUUUUCUUUUACGAAAAAUAACAAUAUGAGGGAGGUAUAAUCCUUUGUAAAUAUUGUUUUUUAUACAUUGCUUAUGUUCAGGAAAUCAGUUUCCAGUGCAGUGAAAUAAAGUAUAUGGUGUAUGCAUUUCUGUGCAUAAUUCUGGAGGACAAAGCCCAUAUCUUUAAUCAGAAUCUCAGACUGGUCUUUGAUUUUCCUGAAAGGCUAAGAACUAAUAAUUUAGCUAGUGUGAAGACAGUGGGAUGCUGUGGAUGAAUCUGAGCAAAGGAAUCAUGGGAAAUUAGAAAGCUCAUGCGAAGAAUGUGAGAAAUAAAGCUUUGGCAGGACUGAAGGGUGAUAUAGGGAUUCAGAUUAGGUCCAGGGUCUGAGUUAUCCUAAUAAUCUGAAGGCAGUUUUCUAGAUAGAGCUUCUCAAAGGUAGGAACCCUCAGUAAUCUUUUGGUCUUAGUGUCUAAGCACAGUACUGAGACAAACAGUACUCAAAAAUGUCAAAUUAAAUAGACUCACUGUAUGGAGAAUGAAAGACGAUAGCACCAAAAAUAAAUGCUCUUGCGUAUCUGUAUUCAAUCCUGUUUAUGUUAACUGAUUUGGUGAAAAAUAAGGUUUUUGGAGAAGAAAUGCUUUAUUAAAAAGCUCAUAAACCAUCUUUUUGUUCAGGAACAGUUAGUUAAUACAAACUUUUUGGCCUCUCAGGAUUUGUUCUCUGUAAAUUUUAUUUCUGAAAAUCUUUUACUAAAAGUAUGCCUCUAGACAUGAUAAUUUUAUCCAGUACCUUUAGAGAGAAGGAAACUUGCAGUAUGGUGUGGUUGAGUAGGUCAUCACUGAUUUAAGCACUAUUGUAAUAAACAUCUAAACUUGGAUUUGUUCAUCAUUAAGUAAAAUCAACCUGACAACUCUGAGGUCACUUUGGCUUAAAAUAUCAUUGGAACUUCUCUCUCUUAAAAAUAAAUAAACAUUAAAAAAAUUUUUUUUUAAAAAGGGGCGCCUGGGGGCGCCUGGGUGGCGCAGUCGGUUGAGCGUCCGACUUCAGCCAGGUCACGAUCUCGCGGUCCGUGAGUUCGAGCCCCGCGACAGGCUCUGGGCUGAUGGCUCGGAGCCUGGAGCCUGUUUCCGAUUCUGUGUCUCCCUCUCUCUCUGCCCCUCCCCCGUUCAUGCUCUGUCUCUCUCUGUCCCAAAAAUAAAUAAAAAAUGUUGAAAAAAAAAAAAAAAAAGGGGGCGCCUGGGUGGCUCAGUCGGUUAAACGUCCUACUUUGGUUCAGGUCAUGAUCUCACAGUUUGUGGGUUCAAGCCCCACAUCGGGCUCUGUGCUGACAGCUCAGGGCCUGGAGCCUGCUUCAGAUUUUGUGUCUCUCUCUCUCUCUCUCUCUCUCUCUCUGCGCCCCUUCCCCACUCACACUCUGUGUGAGUAUCUAUCUUUUAAAAAUAAAAAAACAUUAAAAAAAAUUAAAAAUAUCAUUGGAACUUAUAAUGUAUCUUGUAUCAAAUUAACAACACAGCCCUGGAAUCCCACCCCUAUAGUAUAUUAAUAUAAUUUUAUGGUCAUCUUUAUGCAUUUUCCUGGGACAAGGUUUAGCAAAAACCAGGCUUCCUAGGUAUUAAUGACCGCUAAAAAUUUAAAUGUAUUAUAUUGGAAGACCAAGAUGUUUAGACUAGUUCAUUGUAACAUUUUAAUUUGGCUCCCACUAAGUUCUUUGAAGUCAAAGAGACAAUUAUUGAAUAUGUUGUUAAAACGUUGGUAUUCUGUAAAACAUUUGUUCCAAAAAUAUAAUUGUUUUUUU